AGAGCAAUUUUCACGACAAGAAAUAAAGGAAAUCAUGGCGGCCGCAAAAGUGCAUGUGCCCUUAUCGGUAGACAAAGAUGGUCUCACACCCUUGCUAAGAGCGGCUACAGCCGGUAACCAUGUUGCAGCCGCAGUGCUAUGCAAAGCUUCUCCAAAAGCAGCGGAAAGUUGCGACAAGAAUGGCCAGACUUAUGGGCACUUGCUUGUAAAACACCCAUCGAUUUACUAUUUCUCCCGUCUUUUUGAAGAUGUGGAAUUAAGAUCGUUGUUGAUUUUGAAGGACAACCACGAAAACACACCAUUGCAUCUGGCAAUUAUGUAUAAUCGUUUUGACCUAGUACGACACUUUUUUCACUUUUGGAAAGAUACAUGUAAGCCAACAAAAGUUGAAGAUCGAUCAAUGGAUAGUUAAAAUGCUAGAAGAACCAAACAAGGUUGGCAAAUCUCCCAAUGAUCUACUAGCAGAAUCACCUAACCUUCCACGCGACAUUGAGAAGAUGAUUCUAGAAGAAAAAAAGUUGAUAGGUGUUCUUAGCAAAUGGGGUAUUCCCUCAAGUGAGAUGAAAACCUAUGUGAACACAAUAGGUAUUAUAGCGGCUCUUUUAACGACAAUAACAUUCACAACAGCAUUCACGAUUCCCGGUGGAUUCCUUCAAGAUAUCGGGACACCAGUUCUGAUAGACAAUAUAAUGUUUCAGGCUUUUAUGAUAUUAGAUGUGUUUGCAAUGUGCUUAUCGAUGAUGGUUUUAUACUGUCUCCUUUGGAUCAUGGCUACAAAUAACCGGAAGAAUUCAGUGAUGAUACUUGAUUUCAGCGUAACAUUAGUCCUGGCAUCAUUCUUCACAACUCUUUUGACAUUCAUGGCGGGUGUAUGUGCUACUACCUUACAAGUUAAAGCUUGGAUGGCUUACGUUGCUUUGGCUCUAUGCUCAUUGCUAAUGGUUGUUCUUUAUUUAUCUAAAAAUGCAACUGUAAUUUGUGAACGGAAGUUUUUGAGAGUUUCACGUAAGUUUCCUAAAUUACAAAAAAUACUAAAACAACCUAGUCCUAUAGUUGGUUCUAAACAGAUCCCUUCGCAAGGUUCCCCCAAUAUUGUUUAGAUAAUAGGUUUAUGUAGACAUGUAUUGUACUAUGUACUCCUCAAUUGU